CAAAAAAUUAACACGUAUCUUUCACUAUUAGUCUGUGAUUUCGGAGUGACAUGGAGUGGACGAAUUCUCUCUGCGUUUCGAAACCCUAAUUAAACCACAGAGCUACGCACGCAUUCCCUCCCAUCGUCCCUGCCGGAACAGUUACGUCUCCACUUAGCUUCAGGGAAAGAUGUCUUACUCAUCUGAAGACGAGACCGACAUAAGUGAGUCUGAGCUGGAGGAAUACAUCGAUCGGUGCUAUGACCAGUUGAAGAAAGAGAGUCAUAAAGUGAGGUUUUCAGACAAGCUUUACAGGUGCCCGUAUUGCCCCGGGAAAAAGAAGCUAGUCCAUCCAUACAAGGAUCUCCUGCAACAUGCCACGGAUCUCGGAAAGGGCUCGCAGAACAAGGGGAUCAAGCACAAGGGAAAACAUUUGGGACUCGUCAGGUUCAUAAAAAAUGAUCUUGAACCUGAAGACCUAUCUUCUGAGCUUGAAGGAUUAUCCCUCGAGCAUAUUUUGGAAAGCCAUAAUUCGAAGGACAUGUUUGUGUGGCCGUGGAUGGGAAUCCUGGCCAACGUCAAUGAUGUUGGGAGCAGUGUGAGGAUCAAGAAUGAUCUGACUGAGAGGGGAUUUAAUCCGGUCAGAGUUCGACUGCUACCAGGCGGCAGAUAUGCCGUGGUGGAAUUCAUGAAAAACUGGUCGGGGUUUUAUGAUGGGAUUAUGUUUGAGAGGGAAUACGAGGUUGAUCAUCACGGGAAGAAGGAGUAUAUUGGAGCUGCUGAUAGUUUGGGAGACGGGUUUUACGGUUGGCUUGCUCGGGCCGAUGAUUAUAAAGCAGAGGGAAUUUUAGGAGAGUAUCUCCAGAAGAAUGGUGACUUAAAGAGUAUUGAGGAAUUGGAGGCUGACGAGAAGCGCAAAACUGCACUUCUUGUCGCUGAUUUGAGUAAUACAAUUCAAAAUUUGAGGAUGCGAGUCGAGGAACUUGAGGGCAACUAAUGGGAACCUAAUGACCGACUUUUCUUUUACCAAUCUGCAGUGUUAGCACUUCGAUUGUCUGCUUGUGUUCAUGUUAUCUUCUCUUUUCGAAGUAAUCGUGUUUUCAUGUUUGGAGCUUAGUACUUUUGAUGUCAACACUUGGGGAGGAUGGAAUCUUUAGGUGGUUUUCAGUAAGAUGUUUUGUUGUGCAGUUGUGUAUUUUAUAGUAAUGUUUGGUAUUCUAGCGUAGGUUGUUACCAAUAUCAGGGUAUGUUUGGUAUCACUCAAUGUGAAAAAUAUCCAACUUUAGUAAAGAGAAAAUGUGAAAAAUAUCCUACGUGUAUACCCAUUAUCACUUUUGUUCUCUAUUUAUCUUGUUGGCAAAAU